UUUGCAAAUGGAAACCCUAGGUUUUCGUUGUACCAAUCCGCUUCUAGCUCCUCGCCGCACCGCCGCCGGACCUUUAGCAGCCUCCUUCAGGACUAGUUUUGCCGUUAAAUGCGGCAUUUCACUACCAUCGUUGGGUCAGUUCAGUCUCUCCUCAAUCGAUCUCACCUCUGCCACUUGAAAUCAUUUGUUUUACUCCUUAUUCUGUAUUGUUUAUGUCGUGAGGGCUGGAUUGCUGAUUUCCAAAUUAAACAUAAUGAAUUUGAAAUUGGAAGGAAAAACGAUUGGAUGAUUUUGUAUUGAGCUUGUUCGCUGCAGUGUAGUUGCUAUGUUUCUAUUGAAUUUAACAUACUACUAGAUUGGAAAGUGAAAGGAAAAACGAUUGGAUGAUUUGUUAUUGUUUCUUCUAUGUCAUGAUCGCAAUGAGUUUGGUGGCUGCACUCUGCAGUGGACCACUCUGUUAAGUUCAAGGAAGCAGCAAAGGAUGGGAAUUUGAUCCCUCUAUACAGACCUAUAUUUUCUGAUCACUUGACUCCAGUGCUUGCAUAUCGGUGCUUGGUGAAGGAGGAUGAGAGAGAUGCCCCCAGUUUUCUUUUUGAGUCCGUUGAGCCAGGGGCGCUAUAGUGUUAUUGGAGCUCAACCAACAAUGGAAAUUGUGGCGAAGGAGAACAUGGUGACCAUAGUCGAUCACUUUAAGGGAGAGAGGACAGAGAAGUUUUUGGAGGAUCCCAUGGUUGUUCCUCGCAUGUAUAUGGAGAAGUGGAUACCACAGCGAAUCGAUGAGCUCCCUGAAGCAUUUUGCGGUGGUUGGGUUGGUUAUUUUUCAUACGACACGGUUCGUUAUGUAGAAAAGAAAAAGCUUCCUUUCGCAAAAGCUCCUAUGGAUGACAGAAACCUUCCUGAUGUUCACCUUGGCCUUUAUGAUGAUGUAAUUGUGUUUGAUCAUGUGGAAAAGAAAGCAUAUGUGAUACACUGGGUCAGGUUGGAACAGUAUAAAAACGUUGAGGAGGCCUAUCAUGGUGGAAUGAAUAGAUUAGAAGCUUUAGUUUCAAGAGUGCAUGAUAUACAAACUCCUAGACUUGCUGCAGGUUCAAUAAAAUUACACACUAGCCUUUUUGGUCCCUCUUUGAGCAAGUCCACCAUGACAAGUGAAGAAUACCAAAAUGCAGUAAUAAAAGCUAAGGAGCAUAUCCUAGCAGGGGAUAUCUUCCAGAUUGUCCUCAGCCAGCGAUUUGAACGUCGAACUUUUGCAGAUCCUUUUGAAGUGUAUAGAGCAUUAAGAAUUGUCAAUCCAAGUCCAUACAUGACAUACUUACAAGCAAGAGGCUGUAUCCUUGUUGCUUCAAGUCCUGAAAUUCUUACUCGAGUUAAGAAGGGUGUAGUUACUAACCGACCUCUAGCUGGAACUAUACGGAGAGGUAAGACAUUACAGGAAGAUUAUAUGCUGCAAAAUCAGCUUUUGCAUGACGAAAAACAGUGUGCAGAACACAUUAUGCUUGUUGACUUGGGAAGGAAUGAUGUUGGAAAGGUGUCAAAACCGGGCUCUGUCAAGGUUGAAAAACUGAUGAACAUUGAACGCUAUUCCCAUGUCAUGCACAUCAGUUCAACUGUUACUGGUGAGCUUCUACCUAAUUUGACCAGUUGGGAUGCUCUCCGUGCAGCAUUGCCUGUUGGAACUGUCAGUGGAGCUCCUAAGGUGAAAGCUAUGGAAUUGAUUGACGAACUAGAGGUGACGAGACGGGGGCCUUACAGUGGUGGUAUAGGUGGCAUUUCGUUCUCCGGAGAUAUGGAUAUUGCCUUAGCUUUGAGAACCAUCGUGUUCCCAACCAACAUGAGGUACGACACUAUGUACUCGUACAAGGACAGCGAGAAGCGCCGCGAUUGGGUCGCCCAUCUCCAAGCGGGGGCUGGUAUCGUUGCCGACAGUGAUCCUGCUGAUGAGCAGAGGGAGUGCGAAAACAAGGCCGCUGCUCUUGUUCGUGCCAUCGAUCUUGCAGAGUCAUCAUUCAUCGAAAAGUAACCUCCUUCGGUUUCCAUACUCCAUCCCACAAAUACCUCGGAAAAUUUAUAUGACCUAGUAGUUGUAGAAAGAAAUCUUUCAUUUCACUGUAGGAGUUGGGUUUCCUCUCUAUCAAGUUGUAGAUGGAAAAGAUGGCUUAGGUUGGUUUCUUG